UUCGGCAAUGUCUGCCCACGACUACUUUAUACACUCGUUUGGAUCUGUCAAACUGUAAGGAUGGUGAAAAAAUCCGCCAACGGUGAAGUUUAUCACCCUCCGGCAGGGGAGAAGAAACUGAAAGUCGGCUUUGUGGGACUGGACCCCGGGGCUGCGGAGACGAGCCGAGACGGGGCACUUCUUAUCGCCGGUUCCGAGAGCACAAAACGGGGCAGCAUCCUGUGCAGACCGAGGUCCAGCAUCUCCAGGGGGAGCAUCGCUCACAAAAGAAACGCGCGUUAUCGCAGACUGCAAAAUUUCCUUUACAAUGCGCUGGAAAGACCCCGCGGCUGGGCGUUCAUUUACCACGUUUAUGUGUUUCUGCUGGUGUUCUCCUGCCUGGUUCUGUCAGUGUUCGCAACGAUCAAAGAACACAAGAAAAGCUCUGAGAGUGCCUUGUACAUCCUGGAAAUUGUGACAAUCGUGGUGUUUGGUGUGGAAUAUAUUGUACGGAUUUGGGCAGCCGGGUGCUGCUGUCGCUACAGAGGAUGGAGAGGAAGGCUGAGAUUUGCUCGCAAACCCUUCUGUAUCAUCGAUAUCAUGGUCCUUUUUGCCUCAGUGUCUGUGUUGGCCGCUGGCUCACAGGGAAAUGUUUUUGCCACCUCUGCCAUUCGGAGUCUGAGGUUUCUUCAGAUCCUUCGAAUGCUGCGUAUGGACCGCCGUGGAGGCACAUGGAAACUCCUGGGAUCUGUUGUUUACGCACACAGCAAGGAACUCAUUACGGCAUGGUAUAUUGGAUUCCUUUGUCUUAUCCUGGCAUCUUUCUUGGUGUACUCCGUGGAGAAGGAUGACAAUGCAGAGAUGUUCGACACUUACGCAGACGCCCUCUGGUGGGGGCUGGUCACUCUUACAACUAUCGGUUAUGGGGACAAGUUUCCUGUCACGUGGAAUGGGCGUCUAAUUGCUGCCACAUUCAGUCUGGUCGGUGUAGCUUUUUUCGCUCUUCCUGCGGGAAUCCUGGGCUCAGGAUUUGCUCUAAAAGUUCAAGAGCAGCACAGACAGAAACAUUUUGAGAAGCGUCGUAACCCUGCCGCGGCUCUUAUCCAGGCAGCUUGGAGAUUUUAUGCCACAAAUCUUUCACGGACAGACCUGCUGUCCACAUGGGACUUUUAUGAGCAGACUGUGUCGGUCCCAAUGUACAGACUCAUCCCUCCUGUAAAUCAGCUCGACAUUUUAAGAAGCCUGAAGGGAAAAUCUGGUUUCAGGAAGGACUCCCAGCUAGAAGUCACUCCAAGUCGUAAGCCCGGCUUGAAAGAGAAAGGCAGUCCCUCUAAGAGCACCGGGGGGAAGGAAGUCAAAGAGAGUCCAAGCAAAGUGACCAAGAGCUUGAGCUUCACAGAGCGGAACAAAGCAAAACACGCUUUCAGAAUGAAAGAUGGAGCUUCUCGGCAGAACUCUGAAGGUCAGAGAAUGUUGUCAUGCACACAUACACAGGAAUAUUGGGAUACACACUCUGUUAUUCGGAGUUGUCAGUGUGGGACUUCAGCAGCUAGAGAGAAUAGUUUUCGUAAGCCCGGCUUGAAAGAGAAAGGCAGUCCCUCUAAGAGCACCGGGGGGAAGGAAGUCAAAGAGAGUCCAAGCAAAGUGACCAAGAGCUUGAGCUUCACAGAGCGGAACAAAGCAAAACACGCUUUCAGAAUGAAAGAUGGAGCUUCUCGGCAGAACUCUGAAGAGGCAAGUCUUCCAGACGAGUUUGGGGACGACAAGGGUUUCCACUGCGAGUUUGUGCCGGAUCUUUCUCCGGGACUCAAGGUCACCAUCAGAACAAUCUGUAUUAUGCGGUUCCUGGUGUCUAAGAGGAGAUUUAAAGAGAGCCGUAGGCCCUAUGACGUGAUGGAUGUGAUUGAGCAGUAUUCAGCAGGCCAUCUGGACAUGCUGUCACGCAUCAAAAACCUUCAGUCCAGAGUGGAUCAGAUUGUGGGAAAGGGAGCUGCACCAGGAGAAAAGGACAAGCCCAAAAGCGACACAGAGAUGGCUGAGGACCCAAGCAUGAUGGGACGUCUGAGCAAGAUGGAGAAACAGGUGGGGGCAAUGGACCUCAAACUCAACUUUUUGGUCAGCAUGUACACCACCCAUAUGGGCAUCCCACGAUCUGAGACCGAAGCCCUUCUGGGCUUUAAAAUCCCUUACCCUGCUCCUCCUUACCACAGCCCUGACGAUAACAGUGAGAAAGCACAUAAUGAGAAAGAGGAUGAGAAUAAAAAGAGCAUGUCCCCUCUCCAUCCCGGUCUCAACGGGACUCCCACCGACAGCCAAUGUCGGCCCUCUACCUCAUGGCAUCAGCAGGAUGACCAUCCCCUCAGUGUGCCUCUCUGGAACAACAGCCGAGGAGUUUCGCCGAUAGGCACAGACGACCCCUCGCUGUACCGCAUCCCGCCUCCGCCAUUCCACGAGAACGGGGAUAACAGUCGCUCGCGUAGGUCCAGGAGACCCGUUCAGCAGCAGGCGGCCGUCGAGAGCGACACGUCCCUCUCCAUUCCUUCAGUGGACCAUGAGGAACUAGAGCGCUCUUUUAGCGGCUUUAGCAUUUCUCAGGCCAGGGAAGAGGAUUACGUGCCUCCGGUGGGUCUGGGGCUUUUUGGUGGAGGCGGCGGGAUGCUGUGUACCCGUCUCAGGCCUUAUCUGGCCGAGGCGGAGUCGGAUACGGACUCUGACCUGUAUACGCCUGGAGCGCCAUCCCCUCUUUCGUUUACAGGAGAGGGGCCUUUUGGUGACAGGAUGUGGCCUGGUCUGAAAUAGUUUGGAGUUUGUUGUGCGGACCAGUAUCCUGGAUGUAGCUGAUGGAUGUGUAUCUGGCCAUUUAAACUUGUCGGAGUGAAUCAUUGUCAAUCUCAAAAACAAAAAUAUGGGAGUAAUUACCGACUGCAUUGAUGCGACAGCAGCGAGAAUGAAUCUUAAACAUUGCAAUUUAAAAAAAGACCCCAAACAUAGAGGCUAAGGAUGUGUGCAUUCACAAGCGGAAAAGAUUGUGUGUAUUCAAGUACAGGCAUGGAUCUUCCAAACAAAAAAAACACCUCUUCUUUAUUAGUUUGCGUAGUCACCACAGCUAAUGCAGUAUCAAAUACACUUUACCUUACAACUAUAAUUUUGAUUCAUGAGAUAUUUAUUUAUUUAUUUAUUUAUUAGCAAUGUCUUUUCCUGAAAUGCGUUAUGAGACUGUUAUGAAAACGAGUAGUUAAUCAGGGCAUGUGUUCGUAGUAAGCAUUUAAUUAACAUUUUAAAUUGAAAGGUUCGUUUGGAGAAAAUAAUUUCAGCCAAAGAAAAAGACGGCAGAAAGCUGAGCAUGCCUUACAGGUACAGGUACUUCUUCCCUAUUACAUUUCUCAUCUGUAGGAUAGAAAGAUUAAUUAAUUUUUUAUAGCUACAUUUAAAGUCAAAGCACCUACGGAUAAAGACGCGUACUUUUGGAGGAACUAUUAAUAUUUGCAGGAACCCUGGUGAUGGUCAGGGGAGAAAUAUCCAUUCUAUUGUAUGCAAUCGGUUUUAAUUUUAAUAAUUGGUAACUUGCACUAUGAUGUCAUGUUUUAUGCUGUAGUGAAGAAGGCACUGAAUAAUUAUCAGACCUAAAAAAAUACAUUAAAUGCAUGGCAUGUUUAUGGAAUAUAGCUUGUUGACAACCUAAUAGAAUGACAAAUGAGAUUAG